CUGGAAACACACUGCCAAGUGUACAACUUUGAACAAAAAUUCUGUACAAAAUAUUGUGUGAAAAAUUUGAGUUUUAAUGCAUAAAUAUGUCCAAAACUAGUACAGUAGUUGUAGAAGAAACGCAAGAUUUGUCUGCAAGUGUUAGUAAGAAGACAGCAAGCACAGUUUCUGACAUUUUCGAAAGUUUAAGUUACGGCCCAGCUCCUGAGUCUAGUAUGCCUGCAGAAGGCUGGCUAGACGAUCAUGGUCGAGCUUUUGGGCAUUUUAUUGAUGGCAAGUGGGUAAAACCUGAGGGAAGGAAGGUUUAUGAAACUAAGAAUCCAGCAACAGGUGUGUUAUUGCGGAGUUUUGCUUCAGUUUGUGUAAAAAGCAUGAAUAUCAGCAUGAUAUAAUUUUGUAUCAAUGUUGUAACGCGUGUCAAUUAUUUUAUAUAUGUAGCAAAUUAAGGCCUUUACAACCAGGGGGAGGGGGGCAGACUCAAACUGUGAACCCACUGCCCACACUUCCAUUAAUUUACAAUGCUUAGGCCUAAUAGUGUUUAUAUAACCCCAAAAAUGUUUCUCUUUUUCAAAGAAUAUGGAAAUCUUGGGGGAGGGGGGGGGUGUGCAAAGGCUAAAAACCUAGGGCAGGGGCACAAAACAGUUUCCAAGGGUUCAUCAGUCGGGGACACAAAAGAUCCCAAAUAGAUAUUCAACAAUGAAAUUUGGAAAUCUGUGGCAGAUUUGAGUUCGAAAAUUGUUUAUAUCAAAUACUUCUCAGGGCUGCUAAAAUGUUUCCCUCAAACAAUUUGGGGGCAACUCUGACCAACUUUGCAGUCUGGUACCUCAUUCAGUGUAGACUUGCUCCAAGUCCCUCUUUCAUUGUCAUAUCGAUCCACUAUAAUAGUGUACAUUACAUGACGUAGCAUGGAGAGGCGGAGUGAGAAAGAGAGACUUGUCAACUACGGAAAAUCUCUGUUUAAAACUGAACCGAAAAUGCAAGACUUGCUUCAAUUGUUUUCCUUCAAUUUCUUUCUGUAUUAUUUACUAUAAUGGAACUUGUGUUUUUGGGUUGUUCCAAAAAAGAUCCACACUACCCCCACGGAGGAAAUUUCUGCUGUCCGGAGGGGGAGGGGAGACAAAAUUGUUUCUGAUAAAAGUAAAUGUAUUAGGACAUCCAAAGGGGGUAGGGGGGUUAACUUCCAAUUUCCUCUGUGGGGGUGGUAUGAAUUUCUGGAAUGACCCAUUUACACUGUGCUAGAUCAAUACAUAUAAACACUGACAGAAGACAAAGCAAGUCUUGCAUUUUCGGUUCAGUUUUGAACCGAGAUUUUCCGUAGUUGACAAGUCUCUCUUUCUCGCUCCGCCUCUCUGUGAUACGUCAUGUAAUGUACACUAUAGUGGAUCGACACUAUAUGACAAUGAAAGAGAGACAUGAAGCAAGUCUACAUUCAGUGGAGCAAGUCUACAGUCCCCAAAUCUAUUUGUCAAAUAAUGCUCCAUAAAGGAGAUAACUCCUGAACCAAUUAACUCCCAGCUACACCUGGCAUUAGUUAUGAAAAAGUCUGUGCAUCUACAAAUAUUUUCUAAAAUUUUACAUCAGGUGAAAAAAUAGCGUCCACCACCCAGGGUGAAAAAGAAGAUGUGGACAUGGCAAUUGCAGCAGCUCGUAAAGCGUUUGAAUCAUGGGGUAAACUUUCAGGACAUGCCCGAGCUCGUUACUUAUACAGCAUUGCUCGUCAUGUGCAGAAACACAUGAGAUUGGUUGCAGUUGUCGAAAGCAUGGAUAACGGGAAGCCAAUAAGGGAAUCCCGAGAUUGCGAUAUACCUAUCGUUAUCCGACAUUUGUAUCACCAUGCCGGCUGGGCUGAACUCAUGGAUACCGAGAUGAAAGGUAUGUUGCUUGUUAGCCUGGUGGCUGGGUUAUAGUUAUCCCAGGUUUUGGUAAUAGUUGAGGGUCAAUGGCCCCCUCUUGAUGCAUUGUCAGUCUGUAUUGCAGAUUAUCCCCUUCUGGCCUGAUCAAAUCAUGAUUACUAGAUUGCAUUGAUAUCGAAGGAACUAGACUCAGCUCCGAAAUAUCACUCGAAAUGACCUGCUCAGUUGCAGAGCAUUGGGCUAGUAUUCCAAAGGUCAUAGGUUCGAUUCCCACGAGUUUCAUAUUAGUUAGUGUAUUAUCCUCGUUGCUACAGAUUGGUCUUCAAUUGGUGUGGUUGGCGCGAUUGUCCCCUGGAACUUCCCCCUCAUGCUCCUGUGCUGGAAAGUGUGUCCAGCAUUGGCAAUGGGAAACACGGUCGUCCUGAAACCUGCCACAUACACGCGCCUGUCUGCGUUACUGUUUGCCGAGAUCUGUGCCGAGGCUGGCCUACCCCCUGGAGUGUUCAAUGUUGUGACAGGUAGUGGCAGUUUGGGAAGUCACAUUGUUUGUCAUAAUGAUGUUGAUAAGAUUGCAUUCACUGGCUCCACUGAGGUAAGUUGAUGACCAACCCUGUGGCGUGAAAAUGUACUGAAACUCAGUAGUCUCAGUUUGUCAUUGCUAGGUUGGCCAAACACUGCGGCGUCUCACUGCUGGUACUGGGAAGAAACUGUCUCUUGAAUUGGGUGGAAAAUCUCCGUUUGUUGUUUUUGACUCGGCUGACUUGGACAGUACUGUUGAGGGUGUUGUGGAUGCAAUAUGGUUUAACCAAGGACAGGUAAUAGAACAAGUAACCUGUUUGGAAGUUUCACAGUAAACAUAUAAUUCACACAGGGCAUGAUAUGGCUGCAGAAAUUAGGGUUAGAGAGCCAUGCCUGCAUAGUCUUGGGGGCUCUAAACUCAAAUGUCAAUUGAAAUAUGAUGAAUAAUAUGGAGCAGUAAAUUUACAAGGCAAUCAGAGACAGUGUCAAUCACUUUUCAUGAAAAACAUCACCACUCCUUGACAACUAAGAGUUAGUUUUUGUUCAUGGUGGAAAACCUGAGAACCAGGAGCCCCAAAGCACAGGCUUACGGAAACCCACUAAUUAACGUCUGUCCCAAUUUCCACGACUGUGUAGGUUUGCAGCGCCGGAUCUCGUCUGAUUGUACAAGAAAGUUGUUCAGAGCAGCUCAUUAAGAAAAUCAAAGAACGCAUGUCGCACCUCAGGCUAGGGAACUCGCUGGAUAAAUGUGUUGACAUGGGAGCAAUUGUGGAUCCAUCACAAAAGAAAUCCAUUGAUGAGUUUGUACAAGAUGCGAAAAGUACUGGGGCCGAGGUGUUCCAAAGUUGUGCUUCCAUGCCAGACACUGGGUGUUUCUAUCCUCCAACACUCGUCACAAAUGUUCAACCUGUGUCAAGAAUUGUUCAAGAAGAGGUGAUAUAACCAACACAACUCUUUGACGGUAGAGUGUUUCCAGCUCAAGUACUCCGCAUUUCUUCAUGUAGUAACACUGGAUCAAUAAGAGAUGAUCCUUACUGGACCUCUAUAGGAAGAACAGUUUAGAACGUACUGAUAGAACUAUCCAGUAUAAAUAAAGUUAGUUGAGGUUUCCUCCUGUAGUAACACUGGAUCCGAAUAAGAGAUGAUCCUUACUGGACCUCUAGGAAGAACAGUUUAGAACUGAUAGAGCUAUCCAGUAUAAAUAAAGUUGAUUAUUUUUGCUGCCUGAGAAAGUUUGUAUUGAUUGUAUUACCAAUACUUUCUAGGUGUUUGGUCCAGUUUUAGUGGUGUUAACGUUUCGUACGGCAAAGGAAGCGAUCGCUCUGGCCAACAACACGAUAUAUGGUCUUGGUUCCAGUGUUUGGAGUGAGAACAUAGGUCUAGCAAUGGAAGUAGCUCGCUAUAUACGUGCCGGGAGUGUCUGGAUUAAUGGUCAUAAUAUGUUUGAUGCUGGUGCUGGUUUUGGGGGUAUGAGACAGAGCGGGUUUGGCAGAGAUGGAGGCAAGGAGGUGGGUGAAAGUAACCUGGGGGGGGGGGUUAUUAAAUAUAUGUCUGACCUUUCUACAUAAUAUGAUCGGUACCAUUCUCUUCAGGGUCUGUAUGAGUACGUGAAACCCUCGUGGCAAAAGCGUGCACGACCAAAUGUGGAUGACUUUGAUAUUAAGAAGUUUGGUUCCACGUCACCUCCGAGACCCAAAGAUCCUACUGUCAACCCACCAUUGUGUAACGGCACGGACAAAAGCGAUAACUUGCCCAGGUAUGAAUUGUCCUCACUGGACCUCUAGGGAGAACAGUUUAGAACUUAUCUUAUAGUUUAGGUUUCUUCCUAUAGUAACACUGAAUCAAUAAGAGAUUAUCCUCACUGGAUCUCUAGGAAGAACAGUUUAGAACUGAUAGAUCUAUCCAGUAUAAAUAAAGUUAGUUUAGUUUAAGUUUCCUCUUGUAUUAACACUGGAUCAAUAAGAGAUGAUCCUUGCCUGAUCUCUAGGAAGAACAGUUUAGAACUGAUAGAUCUACCCAGUAUAAAUAAAGUUAGUUUAGUUUAGGUUUCCUCCUGUGGUAACACUGGAUCAAUAAGAGAUGAUCCUUACUGGAUCUCUAGGAAGAACAGUUUAGAAGUGAUAGAGCUAUCCAGUAUAAAUAAAGUUAGUUUAGUUUAGGUUCCUCCUGUGGUAACACUGGAUCAAUAAGGGAUGAUCCUUACUGGAUCUCUAGGGAGAACAGUUUAGAACUGAUAGAUCUACCCAGUAUAAAUAAAGUUAACACUGGGUCAAUAUUCCCUCUACUGUAGCAUAGAUCACACAUACAAAAACUACAUUGGCGGCGCUCAAAAGCGACCUGACGCACACUACGGAAGACCUGUACAUAACGAGAAAGGACAGACAGUGGGUGUCGUAGCUGAAAGCAACAGAAAGGAUGUCAGAGACGCUGUCGAAGCUGCCAAGAAAGCUUCUGCUGGGUAAUGUAGUGAAACUAAUAUGUAUUUUACAAUGUGACGGUCCAAUGUUGGUAGUAUUCUACAAUAAGCUAAUUUAAUACCGUAGUUUGUGUCUGAUUUACCUGUCGUGAAAAAUGUAUCUCAAACGUGGUGGUCCAAUGUUGGUAGUAUUCUACAAUAAGCUGUCGUGGUUUGUGUCUGAACUACCUGAAAAAGAUAUCUCAAACGUGGUGGUCCAAUGUUGGUAGUAUUCUACAAUAAGCUGUCGUGGUUUGUGUCUGAACUACCUGAAAAAGAUAUCUCAAACGUGGUGGUCCAAUGUUGGUAGUAUUCUACAAUAAGCUGUCGUGGUUUGUGUCUGAACUACCUGAAAAAGAUAUCUCAAACGUGGUGGUCCAAUGUUGGUAGUAUUCUACAAUAAGCUGUCGUGGUUUGUGUCUGAACUACCUGAAAAAGAUAUCUCAAACGUGGUGGUCCAAUGUUGGUAGUAUUCUACAAUAAGCUGUCGUGGUUUGUGUCUGAACUACCUGAAAAAGAUAUCUCAAACGUGGUGGUCCAAUGUUGGUAGUAUUCUACAAUAAGCUGUCGUGGUUUGUGUCUGAACUACCUGAAAAAGAUAUCUCAAACGUGGUGGUCCAAUGUUGGUAGUAUUCUACAAUAAGCUGUCGUGGUUUGUGUCUGAACUACCUGAAAAAGAUAUCUCAAACGUGGUGGUCCAAUGUUGGUAGUAUUCUACAAUAAGCUGUCGUGGUUUGUGUCUGAACUACCUGAAAAAGGUAUCUCAAACGUGGUGGUCCAAUGUUGGUAGUAUUCUACAAUAAGCUACCGUGGUUUGUGUCUGAUUUACCUGUCGUGAAAAAUAUAUCUCAAACGUCGUGGUCCAAUGUUGGUAGUAUUUUCCAAUAAGCUGUCGUGUUUUGUGUCUGAACUACCUGGAAAAUAUAUCUCAAACGUGGUGGUCCAGUGUAAGUAGUAUUCUACAAUAAGCUGUCGUGGUUUGUGUCUGAACUGCCUGAAAAAGAUAUCUCAAACGUGGUGGUUCAGUGUAGGUAGUAUUUUACAAUAAGCUGUCGUGGUUUGUGUCUGAACUACCUGAAAAAGAUAUCUCAAACGUGGUGGUCCAGUGUAGGUAGUAUUCUACAAUAAGCUACCGUGGUUUGUGUCUGAUUUACCUGUCGUGAAAAAUAUAUCUCAAACGUCAUGGUCCACUGUUGGCAGUAUGCUACGAUAAGCUGUCGUGUUUUGUGUCUGAACUACCUGAAAAAUAUAUCUCAAACGUGGUGGUCCAGUGUAGGCAGUAUUCUACCAUAAGCUGUCGUGGUUUGUGUCUGAACUAUCUGUCUUGAAAAGAUUAAAACACUUCGAUGUUCAAAGUUAGUUUUUCUUCUCAGAUGGUGUAAGAAAUCGAGCCACAGUAGAGCCCAGGUUCUUUACUACAUCGCGGAGAAUAUGGAAUUACGUCAGCAAGAGCUUGCGCAGAGGAUUUGCGUAAUGACGGGACAGGAUGCUGAUGAAGCAGAGAAAGAAGUUAAAGUGGCUAUACAACGUGUGUUUCAUUGGGCUGCGUAUACUGAUAAAUACGGUGGAACGGUGCAGGUGAGAAUGCUUGUGUUCAAUGACUUAAUCUGCUUUAUUAGUUCUAAACUGUUCUCUCCAGUAUGGUUAUUCUUUAUUCCAGUGUUACUUCGGGAGAAAAAUGGAUUACACUAACCAGUGCAUCACCAACAUAAUGUCAACAUAUUGUCAUCCCUAUUUAUCUGACAGGAAACAAGUUGGUAUGGUACAACCAUUAAAGUUCACGAAGCAGUUGGUGUAGUUGGUAUCGCGUGUCCAGAUGAGUUUCCUCUUCUGGCCUUUGUAUCUCUGGUACUGCCCGCCAUUUCUCGAGGAAAUACAGUGGUGGUGUUACCCAGUGAAAAACAUCCUAUUGUUGGAGCGGACAUGUAUCAGGUCAGUGCCUCACAAUUAAACUAACUUUAUUUAUACUGGGUAGCUCUAUCAGUUCUAAACUGUUUUUCCUCGAGGUCCAGUAAGGAUCAUCUCUUAUUGAUCCAGUGUUACUAUAGGAGGAAACCUAAACUAAACUAACUUUAUUUAUGCUGGAUAGCUCUAUCAGUUCUAAACUGUUUUUCCUCGAGGUCCAGUAAGGAUCAUCUCUUAUUGAUCCAGUGUUACUACAGGAGGAAACCUAAACUAAACUAACUUUAUUUAUACUGGAUAACUCUAUCAGUUCUAAACUGUUUUUCCUCGAGGUCCAGUAAGGAUCAUCUCUUAUUGAUCCAGUGUUACUACAGGAGGAAACCUAUACUAAACUAACUUUAUUUAAACUGGAUAGCUCUAUCAGUUGUAAACUGUUCUUCCUAGAGGUCCAGUAAGGAUCAUCUCUUAUUGAUCCAGUGUUACUACAGGAGGAAACCUAAACUAAACUAACUUUAUUUAUACUGGAUAGCUCUAUCAGUUCUAAACUGUUCUCCCUUGAGUUCCAGUAACGAUCAUCUCUUAUUGAUCCAGUGUUACUACAGGAGGAAACCUAAACUAAACUAACUUUAUUUAUACUGGAUAGCUCUAUCAGUUCUAAACUGUUCUUCCUAGAGGUCCAGUCUGGAUCAUCUCUUAUUGAUCCAGUGUUACUGUGCACAGGAGAAAACCUAAACUAAACUAACUUUACUUAUACUGGAUAGCUCUAUCAGUUCUAAACUGUUCUUACUAGAGAUCCAGUAAGGAUCUCUAGUAAGAGAUCCUUACUGGAUCUCUUACUAGAGAUCAUCUCUUAUUGAUCCAGUGUUACUGCAGGAAGAAACCACAGAAAACCUGCAAUAUUUAGUAGAAUCAAACGGAAGCACUCUUCUCGCGUGCAACUGUGGUGAAAUUAAAAUAACUGUGUCACUACCAUCCCCGUCUUGUACAGGCCUCUAACAGACAUUUACCCAUACUUAGAUAUUCGACACGUCAGAUCUCCCGGGGGGAGUGGUAAAUAUUUUGACUGGUGACCGUGAUCAUGUGACCAAGUUCAUUGCGGAGCAUCAAAAUGUCGACGCGAUGUGGUACUUCGGAUCUGCAGAAGGAUCGAAAUUUGUUGAGUCGGUCUCGGCAGAGAACGUGAAACGCACGUGGGUGGGCUAUGGUGAAUCACGUGAUUGGUUGGACAAUGAACAAGGUCAAGGUCAAGAGUUUCACUAUCAUGCAAUCGAGUGUAAGAACAUUUGGAUACCGAUGGGACAUGUCUUUGCAAACUGAAGGACAUCUGGGGAACAUUUUUGGGAACAUUGGGGGUAAUGGGGGUGAAUGAACCUAUCCAAUGGGUAGUUGAUGAUAAUGGGCAAAAAUAUGUCUGGUGUCUCAGACAGUGUGAAAAUGAAAUGAAUUUCUUUCAUCGAAGAGUAGACAUUGAAUGUAUUUUGUGAGAUUGCGUCUGAUUGAUUGUAUUGACAAUUUGACAAAACAAACAAUGAUUGUAUCGAACGAGUAUGUGAUUUAUAAAUAUCCUCUCACAUUGAAAUGAC